CUUACGUGCAAUACGAUUUUCUUCGAUCGAAUCAAAUAUUAUUAGAUGAAGUUAAUUAUCGACGAUAAAAAAAUUACUCGUGUCUUGUUACUCCAAGUGUUUGUCCUCGAAUACACCUGUGAAAUUUUUCCUUAUUUGUUCCGGGUUCAGAACGACUGUUGUUCCAUCGUCUAUGAGAUUGCCUGUAAAGAUGGUAGAUAAAGCUGUUGACAGGGAUGAUAACUCAAAAGUUGCAAUUAUUAGAGAAGUAUAUGACAGUGAAAAUGCUCAUGAAACUUUUGAGUACGAGUUAGAAAGAGCCCUUGAGUCCGAAUGUACUUUAAUCAUAAUUGAACCAUCGAAAUUGGGAGAUGAAACUUCCAGAUGGAUAACGGUUGGUAAUUGUCUUCAUAAAACUGCAACGUUAUCUGGCUUAACAGCUAUCACAACAGGUCUUAUAUGGGGCGAUCGACCUUAUAUUUGUGGCACAUUAGGUUUUGUAUCACUUAUAACUUGUGGACUUUACACUUUGUCAUGGCAGUUUGAUCCAUGCUGUCAAUACCAAGUAGAAACUGACACAAGUAAGCUACCACAUGUAGAAGUGUUAGCUAUCUUAGGUCCAUCGUCGCCAACGUUUCUUGUAAGAAAGGAUGAUACGAGGAGACGAAUUCUUCAUGCGACUGUUACGCUGACAGCCAUUAGCAUUAGUGCAUGGAGAAUCUAUCAAGCUUUUAAAUGAAAAUUUAUUUGUUGAAAACGAAUUAUAUCUUGUUUUUAAAUUGAAGAAGCAACAUAAGGGCCCAUGCAAUACAUCAUCAACAAUAGAAUGCAAGGCCUAGCAUAGGAUUCUUUAUAUUAGAAGAAACACAGAAUCACAUUUGCUUAUACAGAGGAGACUUUGUAUUACAUAAAAUGUAUAACUUCACUUAAUAACAAUUGCAUUUAGCCUUCGGACGUUAUCCUCAGAGUUGCAGGUGUUUCUACUCUGUGAUCCAUAAUUUGUCGAUUAUACUAUAAUCAUUUUUGUCACAAAACAAAUUGAAAAAUAAUCCAAAAUAAUUCUAGUAAUGUGUGUUCUUUUAACUAUACAGAAUUGCAACUUUAAAUUCAAGAAGUUAAAUGUAGCAUCGUGUAUUUUUAGAUUGUAUAUAAAAUAGGUAGAUUGCACAGAACACGAAAUGAAGAAAAGAACGUUGCCUAGACUUUUUCGUUUUAUAAAAUUAAUAAGAAUCAAAGCAAAAUGACUGUGUCUGUGCAUAAUAAUUGUAAAUGAUAGUGUUAUUCUAUACUCCAAGUUGUUUAAAUAAUAUAACAUUUUAACGAUUACCUUGUGUUUUGAGUAAAUAAUUAUUUUGAGUCAAAAUGAAACGAUCAACUUUGAGUAAAUAAACGUUUACUCAAAACGGUAUAUCGAGCUUCAUAAUGUUGUCCCACAAGAAGAGCAUUGUAAGCAUUCCUGCAAAAAAUGAUAAAGGAUUCUAAAAGUUCUUUAAUUCAAUAUAUAAAACAUUUUUAAUUAUUUUGAAGCUUAUAAAAGGAAAAAAAGAAAGAAAAAAAAGGGGGAAAAAAAAAGAAAAAAACAAAAAAAAAAAAAAGGAAAAGAAAAGAAAUUAUUUCUCUACUUGUAUAUCGACAUUAGGCCUCUUACUUAAAACCCAAAUUUUGAUUACUCAUGUAUCUAACAUACCGAGCUAGAAAUGAAUGCAGCAACCAUAAGUCGAUUCGUCUACCUUUACGUGGAUUCGUCUACCUUUACGGCCAAGUAUUCCAGUGUUCUAACAUUCCAAUUAAUAUAAAUUUCUCGAUAGACCAUCUCUCUUGUAAAGAUCUCUCUUACAACAUAGCAUUAGAUGUACUCAUGAUAUUUGCACAUUAAUUUCUUUUAUAUCAUUUAAAAAAUUUCAAAUUUCACGAUAAACAGAACUCCAAUUGAUGUUAUAUACAGACUGACUCGCUAACUCUCUUUAACAAAUAAUUAUUCAUAUAUCGAUUCGUUACAUUAGUAUAAUUUUAUUUCACAUUAUCGGACGAAAAAACAUUUAUUUUAUCAAUAUCUAACAAAAUUCCAAAUGUCUUCUAAAAUGAGAGAAACGAGAUACUAUUUAAUAAUAUUAAAUUGAAUGAUAGAUUAAUUCGUACACAUUCCGAAAGUCCAUUUUUAUUAUAAAUGGUUACGUCUUGAAUUAUUAUUAUUAUUUUUAUUAUUAUUCGAAAUAAUGCACACAUCAAGCGAGUUGUAGUAAUCUAUACGACAAUUUUACUUCCAUCCAAUAACUAAAUAAAUUCCAAUGAAGACGUCGAUUAUAUUUCUCUUUUAAUAAAUAUUAUUGAAAUUAUGUUCGUUUGCGCGUUUCUCGAAUAUUUUGCCCCAUACCGUCACGAAUCGUAUGUCUGCUCGAAAUGACCUUAUAUUUGAUCGUUUAUAUUCUGUUAUCGAAAUGAUCUUGAGAGGUACAAAUAAUAUCAACAAACAAUAAUAUCUCGUAACAAAUGUAUAUUUUAAAUGGAACUGCGUGUGCGAAAUUCUGUAUUUCUGUAACUUUUGAUGUGCGCUUUAUUCUGAUAAAUGUUGUCAGCUAAAGUUAUUCAGAAUAAAAAGGUCUUUCGGAAUAUGUACGAAUAAAAUAUUUUAAAAUGA